GAGUCUGGGGCGCGUCAAAUAAGCCGCACUUCCCGCCUCGCCCACCUGCACAGCACCAGCGCACGUCGGGGGCCCCUUUUGUCCUGUCCACCCCUCGGUCACUUUUCCCCCCCUCGGCUCGCACCAGACACCAGCCCCACUUCAGGCUCGCCUAGGCAGUCCCUGGGCCCUCUCUGCUCCCUUCUGAGGGAGGAGAAGGAAGAAGCGCAGCGAGAGAACGAGGCAAGGCGGCCGCCCAGGACCAGCACGCGAGCUCCCUCCUUGCUUGCCUUGUGCCCUUCCCUGCGCCCACCAUGAGCAACCUGCCCAAGGAGAACGAACACAGCAGCAAUAGCCUGGAAGAAGAGGUACGAACACUUUUUGUCAGUGGUCUUCCUGUGGAUAUAAAGCCCAGAGAGCUUUAUCUGCUUUUCCGGCCAUUCAAGGGUUAUGAAGGAUCGCUGAUCAAGCUAACAUCAAAACAGCCAGUAGGCUUUGUUACUUUCGACUGCCGGUCUGGUGCUGAAGCUGCAAAGAAUGCAUUGAAUGGCAUCCGCUUUGACCCAGAGAAUCCCCAGACGUUGCGGUUAGAGUUUGCUAAAGCCAACACCAAGAUGGCCAAAAGCAAGCUGAUGGCUACGCCGAAUCCCUCCAACCUCCACCCUGCCCUGGGAGCACACUUCAUUGCACGGGACCCUUAUGACCUGACUGGAGCAGCCCUGAUCCCAGCAUCUCCAGAGGCAUGGGCCCCCUACCCACUCUACACCACGGAGUUAACCCCUGCCAUCCCACAUGCUGCUUUCACAUACCCAGCUGCUGCCGCCGCCGCUGCUGCUCUUCACGCUCAGAUGCGCUGGUAUCCUCCCUCUGAAGCCACCCAGCAAGGAUGGAAGUCUCGUCAGUUCUGUUAGUUUUAAGCUGCCUCUUGGCUCACGUUUCCCCCUUCUUUGUCUCUCCAUGGAGCGAUGUGCCAGGGAUGAAGUAGUCUAGAUCGCUGGAAAUCUUCCCUUCAAAUCCUUCCUGUGGAUGCCAGCAAGGUGCCCAACUGCAGUAACUUGCCCUCCUUGUGAAUGAAGCUGUGGACUUCCCUGUCCAAGACUGAACAUAAACUGCCCCCCUACCUCCCCUCACCCCGCUCAGCAGAUUGCAUGCCCUGUGUUCUCUCUGCCUGCCGGCCUGCUUCCCACCCACUCCGCUAAUUCCUAGCAAACUCCCAUAGCUGAGUUUCUUCUCCUGCCAUACUAAGGCCUAGUUUAAGAGAACUAGUUUUGGUGUCAGACCUAUUUUUUUGUUACCAACUUUGCUGUGGCACCAAAUGUGGUCUAGCGGUGUACUGUGCAAUAUCCAGGUUUUUCUCAUCCUAAACAUCGUUUAUGCAGUUCCGCUGGAGGAAGCGAAAGACAAUCGAUCAGUUUUGCAUGUUUUCUGGCAUGAAUUUAAAACACUUUAACUUGGUGUGUGUAUGUGUGAGUGUGCAAAGCUUGUUUUUGUUCUAGCAUUUGUGUAACCAUAGCAGCAGGUCUUGGCCUAGCUAUUGAUCACUGAAGUUUUUCAUCUUGCUUCUGUGAAGACUGCUUCUGAAAAACACUACCCUAGUUUUCCCCUGCUUUUUUUCUCCAGGCUUUCCCGUCCAUUUUCUGCUUUGACUAGAAUUUGAAAAAAAAAAAAGUUUCUUCUCAAAAGUACAAUGCACUGGGUUUCUUCUCCAUUUUGCCCUUCUCCAGUUAAAAGUCAGGGUUGUUUUGUGUUUGUUUUCAGUCAGACUUCUAUAUAUAGUACAGCUGUAAAAUAUUUAACCUUUUUCCCACAUCCCUCUGAUUGCAGAGAAUCCAGUCUUGCCAAAUAAUCAGCCAUCCUUAUGGGAAUACCGAACAAAGAUGUACGAGUAUUUUUGUACCAUGUGUAAUAAGGAAAUAUUUAUGCAUCAUAAAAUAUUUUGUGGUUUUUGUGCAAUUAUUAUUAUUAUUAAAGAGAAACUGUAAUCUGUAUGAUAAUUUAAAUGUUUAGUUAAAAGCUUGAAGAGAAAAAUACUUUUUUCUGUAACUGAUUCAGUCAGGCAUAGUAACAAGAAGUUGUGCAAUUUUUGUUGAAAUUUUAUUGCUUGGUAUUUGGAAGUGCUUUAAGUAUUAUUGGACCAUGGCUGUCUUGCUUGUAUUAAGAUUCUUGAGAAUAAGUUGCUAUAUCCUAUGAGAAUGUGAAACUGGAUAAUAUAUGAACUGUACUCA